UAAGCAAGUUUUCUUUCCUGUAAAAUGAAAGUGAAAGUAGGCUAUAUCUUUCUACUGCACAAUUCGGUGUGGUCGAGCAACACGAAGAUAUUUCUACCAAUGAAUAAUCAUGAAUCUAAUCUUAAAGAUACUUAGUUACUUGUAUCUAUGUGCAGCUGUGCAGUGUGUCCAUCAGGUGGCAUGGCUGCCCUGUCAGUUCAUUGAUGAACAUGUGUUUGUGAAUAAUGAGGGUCACACCGAGACUCAGCUCAUCCACAGAGAGGCUAUGCUGCAGUUUGGUCAAAAAGGAGACACUCCUGUUAACCCACAUGCCCUCACUUUCCUGAUCACCGGAUCUAAGUUGGACCUGCGGCGGUACGUAGAGGGAGUGGAAGCAGAGCAGUUGGAGUGUGAGCUGCGUAGGUACAGCACAGAGGGCAUGCAUGUCCGCUGGCCAGUCAUGGGGGCCCAAGAGUACAACCACUGGUUCUGCUGCACGCUCAGACACGCCAAUGGCCUGUUCACAGUCACCGGCUUCCUCAGACGCCCAUCUGACCAAUCCCCCCCAGGACAGCAGGACUACCGCAAGUGGCCUGCCAUCGAGGACAGAGAGAUACUCACCACAACAGUUGCCAUGGUGAUUAAAACACAAUCUCCAUCAGUGAGAGCAGGCCUUGGCUCCCAACAAAAGCUCCACUGCCAGUUUGCUGUUGACCACAAAGGACCAAACGUCACUGUGGAGUGGCACUGGCAGCAUCGUGGAGAGAGAACCAGACUCUUCAGUCAUACCAGCCGCACAGGACAGACCCAGGGGUCUGGGGUUGGGCUGAGGAGCCUAGCAGGCGGGGAUGCUUCCUAUAGCCUCCCCUUCACCAAGAUGAGCAAUGAAGGGACGUACAUUUGUUCGGUGUCAGUGAUUCCGCUGUUCGUCAGUCUGGAUAUAAGUCUGCAUAUUGAAGAGCCUCCCCGUGUCUCCCUCAACGUCGGACCCACUCUCUCGCUGCAGGAGGGCGGGGAGCAGAAGGUUGCUUGUGAGGCAGAGAGUUACUACCCUCUGGAUGUGGAGAUAGUUUGGCACGUGCAGGACCCGGCAGUAUCAGGCCAGAGGGUGGGCGCCCCUCUCCCCAAGGUGCUCCAGAACGUUCUGCUGUCCAGCCACAAACACAACCAGGACAAGACCUACUCGCUGACGGCUUUCUUCUACCUCCAGGCUUCCCUCAGGGACUCAGGGAGACAGUUCACAUGCAGCGUCUCCCAUCAGUCCCUGAGAGUGCCCAUCAAAAAGAGCUUCAUUCUGACUGUUGAGGAGCCAAUCAGCUGGAUGUUUUACCUCACUGUUGGCACCAUAGUGGUCACACUGGUGGUCGUCCUGUAUGUGCUGCUGCGUUACCUGCACUCAGCAAACAAACAAUCUGUGCAGAAGAAGCCAUACUGAGCAGCCUCGGAAGACUGAGCAGAACCAAACAUCGACACACCAGCGACGGCACACUGUCCUCUCUCCUUGAUUUUUGUUUAAGAAUGUCUCAGACGUUUGAUUUUUGUUUGUUAGUUUGAAGGUGAAUUUGGGUUUCUAUGAAACUGAGUGUUUUUUUAGAUUGCACUGAUUUUGCUUAUGCUAAGAAAAACUUGAUGUUAAAGUAACAACAAAUUGGUCUUCUGGAUGAACAGCAAUGUACACAUUAUUAAUCUGGUGAAAAUGCAACAAUAACAGUUAAAAGGUACAGAGUAAUGCUUUUACGCGUGGCUCACUUUUUUGUUUGUGUCAUGUGUUUGAAUAAUGAUGCACAUGCACACAUGCAAGUUCACAGGCAACAUGACAUACAUCCCUGCCGCGGGUUUCACACAAUGAUCUACAAGCUGCAGUAAAGCGCAAAGAAGCAAAACAAAUCCUCCAACAUGGAUGGAUCGCAAAA